GUGUGUCCUGCCUGCCGAUCAAUAAAUUCAAGAGGUGGAAGCAGACAGAAGGACUUGAUUUGGAGGAUUCGUCCUCUCCACAGCGAAGAUAGACAGACAUGUACCGUAAUAUACCGAUGCUGUCGCUCCACCCCUGCAAGACACCUGCAAGGGCACCUCAAAACCCCAUCGAGACACACAAAUCUUGCGAUGAUGACUGCACUGUAUGGGUGUCGUACAUGGGCACCAGUCCUGCCAACAAAUUGACCUGUCCACCGUUGUCCGUUACGCACUAUACAUAAUUCUCUGUGGGACUUUCCGAGCGAUUUAGAAAGGAUGUAUGUUUUGCAGGGGGAUCUUUUUGUUCGCGGGCGCGGAUUGGGCAGUCCUCCUGGCAUCGGCUUUUCC